UCAGCGGUUAUACAUCGCUUCGGAUAAACCUACCUGUGUGAAAGAUUGUGUCAUGACACACGUGUUUGAAGUUCGCGGAUUUGGGGUGAAUUUUGAGAACGAUCGGUAGCAUAAAACUCUCAGCUGUCUUCGAAAGAGCACAGUCACAAGUCGGCGAUUUACGUUAACGUUGAUUCAUUGAAAAUGUCGGUGUUAAGUUCAACGGUAGCGGGGACGAAUUCAAUGCUUCGUCCAAAACCGCUAAAGCUGAAGAAAAGCUUCUGUCAACUCAGGAGAAAAUUACAAACUCUGGAACAGUCGUCUGUUAAGUUUGAAAGUCGUCACAGACAAACAUUACCUGUGUGUUCUAGAAGCAGGAAACAGUUCAAUUUAAUAUCUCACAGCAAACUUUCAUCUGAACAAAUUUGUAACUUUCAUCGUGGCGUUUCCCCGACUCUAUCUAAAUCCACGGGCGUGAAGUAUCAGCUGAGUCGACCGAGACUGAUAGAGGAGGAGGAGGACGAGGAGGAGGACAAUGUUUACUCUGGACUUCCUCAGGUGGACACACCGACAGAGGAGGUCUUUAAAGGAAUGUCGACCGACUUCCCCUGUCUCACCAGAAAUAAGAUGACGGGCCCUGAACCUGAUUACGAUAAGAUCUCCUCUGGUUACAAGACAUUCACAAGUGAUUUCCCUUUCCCUGUCAAAUACAACAAAGCUGUCCUCCCCGAGGUAACGAUUGCCUAUGAGACGUGGGGAGAGCUGAACCAGGACCGAAGUAAUGUAGUCAUCAUCCAUGCCGGACUCUCGGCGAGUUCUCACGCAAAGAGUCAUAAGGAUAACCCGCUGCCCGGUUGGUGGGAGAAAUUUGUUGGGUCUGGAUGCGCUGUGGACACUGACAAAUUCUUCGUCAUCUGUAUGAACAACAUAGGCAGCUGUUAUGGAUCAACUGGCCCGUCUUCUGUCAACCCCAUCACUGGAAAGCAAUAUGCCACUACGUUUCCUGUGAUCAGUAUAGACGACAUGGUGAACGCUCAAUUCCUGCUCCUUGAUCACCUUGGUAUUGAAAAGAUCUAUGGCAGUGUUGGGUCUUCCCUGGGUGGCAUGUGUUCUUUGUUGUCGGCAUCUCUUCAUCCUGAUCGUGUAGAAAGGGUGGUGUCGAUUUCCUCCUGUGCCCAGUCCCAUCCUACAUCCAUAUCAAUGCGGUAUCUACAGCGGAAGACGAUAAUGUGUGACCCAAACUGGAAUAAAGGCUAUUAUUACAAUGGAGCAUUUCCCAAGAUUGGCAUGAAACUCGCAAGGGAGAUUGCGACCUUGACCUACAGAAGUGGUCCAGAGUGGGACAAGAGGUUUGGGCGAGGCAGGAUCGAUGAAAAUGUGUGCCCCUCCCUAUGUCCUUCUUUCCUCAUAGAAAGUUAUUUGGAACACCAGGGGGAGAGCUUCUCCACCAAGUAUGACCCUAACUCUCUCCUCUACAUAUCCAAGGCUAUGGACUUGUUUGACAUGUCGGAAGGAAAGUCCUCCCUCCACGCUGGUCUCGCCACAGUCAAAUGUCCUACCAUGGUUCUGGGCGUACAGACGGAUAUCCUGUUUCCCAUAUGGCAACAACGACAACUCGCCCGUAUCUUAAAGGAAUCUGGAAAUCAAGCUGUUACAUAUUAUGAGCUGGAUUCACUUUUUGGGCACGACACAUUCUUGUUAGAUCUCAACUGUGUAGGAGCGGCUGUUAAAGGUUUCCUGGAGACUGAUUUACAUAAUACAAGAGGCCAUGCUGGGAAAGAGAAAACAUUCCAAAGUAAGGCGAUGCCGAUGUGAAUUUAGUCUGAAGACGGAAACAAAACUUCAUUUUGAUAUAUGAAUGGAGGGCAAUGGAAAAACACAUAUUUGUCUCAUGGAUUGUCUUCAUUGAUUCAUAUACUUUCUGUAAUAAUGACGUGACAUUAACUAUCCCUAUAUUAUUAUACAGACAUCUAAAUCAACUAGUGUAUAACUUACUAGUCUAGGGCCAGUUAUUGAAACACUAUAGACUGGUGAUGAAUCCGUCAUUGACUUGUGUUAAAGCUGAUGAAAUUAUAUUUUUCUAUUGUCCUUAAGUACGGGAAUAUAAUCUGUGCAAUUGAUUUUUAUUUUGGAACUUUUGUGCAUCCAGGAGUUAGUACCGUUCAUUUUCGUUUUCUGCAAUUGAGAGUGAAUGUUACCCCUGUAGUAUCGAGUAUGACCCUUGUGUACAUUGAUUCACACACCAUUCCAUGUGUAGUAUGUGGUGAUGAAUUAUCAGGGGAAGGUUUAUAUACGUAUUCAAUGUACAUGUUCUUUUUUCCUUAAACGUGUAUUCAAAAUAUAAAUAGUUAUAGUGCACGCAAUUGUGCCUGCAUGAUAUGGUUUUGAAAUGAAGCAGUGAUGAUUUGUUUUCACAUAAUGUUCAUUUUUGUAGAGAUAUGUCGAGUUUUGUAUCAAUUUUUCUGUACAGUAAAUGUGCAUUGACAAUUUGUCAUUUUGCUUUUUCUUUUUUUUUUUUUCUUUUUUUUGCAGACUUGUUAAUUCGAGAACAUUGUUAAAAUAUGGUGUUAUUUUGAAGGUUAGUUAUGUACUUGUGUUGGAUAAGUAAUCCGUAACGCUAUUACGUCUAUACAUAUCUUUAUGCUAGUCACUAUUAACUUACGUAUAGGUCAGUGAUCAUUGAUAUACAUUUUGUUUGUUUUCUAGAUACAUAUUUGUGUAUUUAUUUAAUUUGACGAUGUCUCGAAGCUCUUUGCUGAGUUAGUAUUAAUCUUGUAAUUCCGAUAGGGUCUUGCCCGGUAAGUUGUUUUCCAUUUCAUAGAAGAUUUCGAAACUGAUCUCAAAUUUUCAAUUGUAGCUAGUCAUUGGCUCGUAUCAACUGAAAUAUCUAUAAUUCUCAUAUUAUCGUUUUCUUAUGAAGUGGAAACUGAGCCAGUAUCCAACGUAUCCUUUAUACAUAUUCAUAUUUAAUUAAUAUAAUGAAAGGAAGUUUUUAAAUAAAUUCCAGGUUACCAAGUUUUGUUAUAUCUUUUCCGGUGGUAUUGCUUCAUACACAUGGUAAACUUCGUAUCAUUAUCAGGAAAAGUAGGAAUUUUACAUUCGCCUUCAAGGACGUGUAAACAUAUUGUGAAACUAGAACAAAAAACGUAUAUAGAUUUCUUUUUUUAUCUCUCUUACCGCGGUUUGUAAUUCAAAACCGGUUUUUGGUUUUAUUUGUUUUUCUUACAUUUUAGUAGACAUUUUAACUUCACGAAUGGUCCUAGGUUAAACACUUUUUCAUUUGGCAGACAAGAGUUACCUCCCUUUACAUAUAUAAGUUCUCAUAACGGAAUGUCAUUACUGCUUAACUAGAUUGAAGUCUAGUUCAAUAUUUACUAAUGAUUUUUUCAAUGAUAAAAUGUGAAAAAGCAAGACGUUUACAUUGGUAAAUAAAUUUGCUCGAGAGACAAAGGAUUGUGAGGGAAAAUGUGAGGAAAAUAAUGAGUGAGAGAAAACAAUGCGUGUUGUGUGGGACAGUUAUAAGAAUUGCAAUUUUUAAAGUAAUAACCGGCGUUUUGCUCGAUUAAGUUUGUGUUUUGCUGUUGAUGUUUAUGUCAAGCGGAACCGUUUAUACGCCUACCUGCAUGUAUAUACAUACAGUUAGAUGAUAUGAACACAUGUUUUCUUUUGAAACAUGUUUCGCAGGUGUUUUUAUUAUGUUAUACUAUUACAUGUGCUACAAAAUGAUACGAGAGCUUUUUGUCUGGCAUAUUGUAAAAUUGUUAUAUUUCUAGUAAUCUUAUGAAACAUUUGUUCAAUACGGUUUUGUAUGCAUGAUUGCAAAUUCUGCAUAUUUCAAAUCGUCACACCGGUAAGCAUACGUAAAUGGUUUUCAUGAUUGACUGAGUUUAGACGUUAAGCUGUUUACUGAUUAAAAACAUUUCGGUACGCCCAUAAA